AUUAAUUCAAUGUAGAAAAUUUUAUCUUUGUUUGCAACAGCAUUGUUAUUAUGUGGUUUAGGGUUUUACAGUUAAAGUGAAGAAUAAUAAUCUUUUAAGGGUUGGUAGAAAUAGUAUAACAAAUUCUACAGUAAAAGUGAAGAAGCAUAUAGAUAGAUAGUUUUUAAUAAAAAUAUUGAAUUGAUUAAGAGACAUAAUUAGAACCCAAAUAAAAGUUAUAGUAUGGCAGUGAAUUAAUUUGCAGAUUUAACAGAUGAGGAAUUUGAAUCUUUAUAUUUAGGAAAGCCAACUUAUGUUAAAUUAGAUAAUAUUGAAUUAAGUAAAGGAAAUAAUUUAGGUGAAGCAGAUUGGUCUAGCAAGAUGAAUGGAAUAAAAAAUUAAGGUAAUUGUGGUUCUUGUUGGACAUUUUCUGCAAUAGGAGCAGUAGAAGGUUAUUUAAUUAUUAGACAAGGAUUCAAAGGAAUAUUAUCUGAAUAAUAAUUAGUAGAUUGUGCAUUAGAUGCUGGAAAUGGAUGUAAUGGAGGAAACUCAGAUUUAGCUUUAGAUUAUAUAGCAUCAGUUGGUUCGGUUUAUGAAAGAGAUUAUCCAUAUGUAAAAUAUUAUUAUAUAUUUAAAGACUGCUUAAGAUGGAGUUUGUAAAGUAUUGUAAGGAAAGGUUAGAAUAUAAGGUAGAGAAAAUUAUGGUCCAAAUGAAGAUGCUAUUAAAAAAGGAAUAUAGAAUUAUCCAUUAUCUGUAAGUGUAGAUGCUACUUAUUGGAAAUUCUAUAGUGAAGGAGUAUAUGAUGGAGCUUGUAGAGAUGAUUUUCAUAAUCAUGCUGUUGUUGCUGUUGGUUUUGAUUAUGAAGGAAAUUGGAAAAUUAGAAAUUCAUGGGGUGAAGGUUGGGGAGAAAAAGGUCACAUUUGGUUGAAACCAGGAAAUUCAUGUGCAGUUAUGACUAGAGUUGAUGGAGCUAUUUGAAAUUAUUUUAUUAUUAAUUUAUUCAUUAU